UAAAAAAAACAAAACAAACAAACAGAAAAGUGUGAAAAUCCUUGAAUUACAUUACCUACCUAUCAGUUUAUCCUCAUAGUUUCCUCUCUCUUUCCUCUCCUGCAAAAUCUUCUCUCGUGUUGUUCGCAGAGGAGCAGAGAACAACAGGAGAGAGAGAGAAGGGGGCAUGGAGCGGCUUAUCUUCUCUAACCCUAUCCCCUUCAAAACUCAACUAAAAUCGCGUCAUUUUCUCCCUCGACUCGGCCGAUUUCACGCCGCCAAACUCCGUUUUUCAUCCUCAUCGCGCACCGAGUUCCGGCGACUCAACACGCUGUCCUGCAAACACGAGGACCAUUCUUCUCGUUCCUCUUCGUCUUCUUCAACGUCCCCGAUUAAUUACUCCGUCAAAACAUCGUCUUCCGUUUCUUCACCGGUUGACUCAGAGACUGCAGAACGAGCUUCGCAUCAUCAAAAGGCAGUUUCUGCUGGUAUUGUUAUACUUGGAUCAAUCGCAGCGAUAUUACUUCACACAAUCGUUGCGUCACCAGCUUUUGCAAGUUUUCAGACAACAUCGAAGACCGGGGGUCCAGCAGCUGCUGCCCUAGGGAGAAGACUUUUACGAACUGAAUUACUGAGUAGUGCUUGGACUGGUUUCUUUGCCGGUUGCUUACAUACACUAUCAGGUCCUGACCACCUUGCAGCUUUGGCACCACUCUCAAUUGGCCGCACCAGAUUGGAAAGUGCUGCUGUUGGAGCCCUCUGGGGCUGUGGCCAUGAUGCCGGACAGUUGAUUUUCGGCUUGCUAUUUCUACUACUUAAGGAUCGACUCCACAUUGAAGUUCUCCGAACUUGGGGCACAAGAGUAGUGGGUUUUACUCUUCUUCUUAUUGGUGCUAUGGGAAUCAAGGAGGCUUCAGAAGUCCCAGCCCCUUGUGUUGCCUUGGAAAAUGGUGAAUGUGACGUCGGUGUCUAUGGAACCCUUGAAAACCCUAAUAUUGGGAGGAAGAAAAUCGGGUUUGCAACUUUUGCCACAGGGAUUGUCCAUGGGCUGCAACCCGAUGCACUGCUGAUUAUCCUACCUGCUCUUGCUUUACCUUCUCGCCUAGCUGGUGCUGCAUUUCUAGGUAUGUUCUUGAUCGGGACAGUAACAGCUAUGGGUGGUUAUACUGUAUUUAUAGGCUCCUGUAGUCAGGCAUUGAAAGAGAGGGUCCCUAGAAUAACCGAAAAGCUCACUUGGGCCUCUUCCCUUAUAGCAAUUGCUCUUGGAUUUGCCAUGAUCAUUAGCCAAUUCUUUGGAUUUAGCCUAUACUGAUUAAAAUAUGUUGUUUCUCAAGUUCCUUUCAAUGUUAGGAAAAUGUUUUAAGGGGAUUUAACAAUUUAGUGGUGGUAACAUUUAUCUUAUCUAGGAGAAUCACCAUCCUUGAUAGUUAUCUUGUUCGUCUUCAAUGGUUGUAAUUUUUAUUCACAGGAACCCUUCUGCAAUGCAGAAACCUUGUAAUUUUCGUGUAUGGUUAAAGAAUUCAGAUGGUCUAGCGGUGCACAUUUAUUUA